UAAUGUUGACGAGGGAGGGCUUUGGCUUUUCACGAUCAGUUGGCAACACCUAUCGAGCGACCACGUCUACAGCCCGGAGAAAGGGGCUGCUGUGCAUAUGAAACAGAAGAUUUGAACCAACUAUCGCAAUGAAAGAGAAUUAAGACGAGAGAUAUUUUCAAAGGACAAUUUACACCGGGUUCUCUUCAUGCAACAUUUCAGCGCGUAGUGCAUAAAUCAAUAUGAUUUUAUGACUAUAGAGUUCCAGUCAAUGCGAUUCAAUCGUAAUCUAUAGCAGUAGAACUGUUUACAUUUUGAUAAACUUCAGUAUUCUCCCUUUCUCCUGGAGAAAUCAAAGUUCUCGUCGAUUUCGUCCCACAAAAGUGGUAGUCGCUAGUUUUUAAAUAAGCGUGGUUAUGUUUUGACAGUUACAAAGAGCAGCCCAACUUUUAUUAAGAGUAAUUAUCGUGUUUUCAACAAAGGACGACUGAAGAAUGAUUUGGAGCGGGUUGACGGAGCUGUUGCUCCUAUUAUUUGUGUGCGCGCACAGAUCGUCCUCAAAACAAGACACGAAACCUGAGGCAUGGCUACAGCAAUAUGGUUAUUUGCCACCUGGUGAUCUCCGCACACAUACGGCCCGCUCUCCUCACUCCGUCUCCUCUGCCAUCGCUGCCAUGCAGAGUUUCUAUGGCCUGACAGUCACUGGCAACAUGGAUCCCGCUACUCUAGAGGCAAUGAAGAAGCCCCGCUGUGGCGUCCCAGACAAGUUUGGAGCCGAACUGAAAAGCAACCUGAGAAAGAAGCGCUACGCAAUCCAGGGACUGAAAUGGGAUAAACAUGAGAUCACAUUCUGUAUACAGAACUACACGCCAAAAGUUGGGGAAUACGAGACGUUUGAGGCCAUCAGAAAAGCUUUCAAAGUGUGGGAAAGCGUCACUCCUUUGAGAUUCCGAGAGAUCCCUUACAGUGACAUCAGAGAUAAGGUUGAAAAUUUUGCCGACAUCAUGCUCUUCUUCGCCGAUGGCUUCCAUGGAGACGCCAGUCCGUUUGACGGUGAAGGAGGCUUCUUGGCCCAUGCUUACUUCCCAGGCAAUGGCAUAGGAGGAGACACGCACUUCGAUGCAGCAGAACCUUGGACCAUCGGCAACCGUGACUUGUUGGGUAAUGAUGUGUUCCUGGUGGCUGUUCAUGAACUGGGUCACGCCCUGGGAAUGGAACAUUCAAACGACCCGUCCGCCAUCAUGGCUCCCUUCUACCAGUGGAUGGACACGGAGAACUUUGAGCUUCCUGAAGACGACCGUAAAGGGAUUCAGCAGCUUUAUGGACCAAACACGGGAGGACGCCCACGACCACCUGUCACCCCUCAGACCCCACAUCAUACUCCAUAUCCCACACCAUACAGGCCCGGGGGACCUAGCUUUGGUCCUGACAUCUGCGAGGGCCAUUUUGACACCAUUGGCAUUUUUAGAGGAGAAAUGUUUGUGUUUAAGGAUAAGUGGUUCUGGCGCGUUCGUAAUAAUCGGGUUAUGGAAAAUUACCCCAUGCCAAUUGGACAUUUCUGGAGAGGUCUGCCUACAGGUAUCAAUGCUGCCUACGAAAGAGAAGAUGGGAAAUUUGUCUUCUUUAAAGGGGACAGGCAUUGGGUGUUCACCGAGUCGAAUUUGGAGUCAGGUUACCCGAAGACUCUGAGAGAAAUGGGUACAGGUCUUCCAAAGGACAAACUGGACGCAGCCCUCCUCUACACGCCUACUGGCUACACCUACUUCUUUAGAGGAAACAAAUAUUAUCGUUACAAUGAAGACACGCAGUCAGUGGAUCCAGAUUACCCCAAGCCUAUGAGUAAAUGGCAAGGCGUUCCAGACAACAUAAAGGCUGCCUUCAUGAGUCGAGAUCAAAGUUACACCUACUUCUACAAAGCCAAUAAGUACUGGAAGUUUAACAACCAGUUAUUAAGAGUGGAGCCCGGAUACCCCAAGUCUGCACUUAAAGACUGGAUGGGCUGUCCUAAUGAGGACUCCAAUACAGGUGGCGGUGGUGGAGGAAGUGACCGUGAUCGUGAAAGGGAACGUGAGCGUGAAAGGGAGCGUGAAAGGGAGCGUGAACGAGAGCGUGAACGGGAGCGUGGCCGUGACCGCACACACGAGGAAGACAAGACUGAGGAAGAGGGCAAAAAGGAGGAGACAGAGGUGAUCAUAAUCGAGGUUGAAGACGCACCCAGCAGUGGAGCAGGAGCAGCUGCCGUCGUGGUGCCACUUAUGUUGCUGUUCUGCGUGAUCCUUACGCUCGGAGCACUUCUCUUCUUCCGCAGGUACGGCACACCGAGACGCUUGCUCUACUGCCAACGCUCCCUACUGGACAAGGUUUAAACGUUUAGGAAGGGAUAAUGGAAGAAAGGGAAGGGGAGGAGAGGAGAGAAUUGAGAAUAUGGAAGAAGGGGACUUAUUAAAUAAGCAAAACCAAAAUGAGAAGUCUAAAAAAAUGGUUUUGGUCAAAAAGGGACCCUUUGUUGUUUACUUUAGAAAUGAUGCCACUCAGACAAAUCUCUGCAUUUUUAUAUUUUGUAAUUAGUGGACUUGAACGUUUUGCUUUCACACCUGUGCCGAGCUCUUCCUGCGCGCCGUACAAAGGCAUACGGUACUUGUUUUCCCCCCCGUGUCACUUUCACUUCAUCUCUCGCCUCUUCUCUCAAUGUCUUUCUCUUCUUUCCCUUCUGGUGUAAAACAUGACGCCAGCUCAUCGCUGUUUGUUUAGCCUUUUGUAAAUGUAAUUUUUUUAAAAGUUGUGAUUGUUGUUGUAUGUCUGACUCAUUGUGAAUUCUUACCCACUGUCGAAAACAGCGUUUGCCCCAAUCAGAAGACUUUGUACUUAUCUCAGGUUGCAGCCGAUGCUUAUUACAUUUUGCAUUUCAUGCAACCAUAAUAGCAGAAAAGUACCACUGCCAGGUACAAUCGUGGUUUUUGGAUGUGGUACCAUGGUAAAGGGUCCUCACAGUGAUGGGAAACCUGGAAAAAUAACAUUUUUGAAAUUAUUAAUUGUAAAACAUCAUUAGGAAAAAUGUAAAUCUAGUUUUAAAAAUGAUUAUAUUAUAAAAUAUAGUCAGAAAUUGAUGUAAUUUCUGUUAAAUAAUUUUUUUUACAUUUCUUCCAGGAUGCAUGAACUAGAAAAGUCAGUCAAAAAGUGCUGUAGUACCAUAUAAACACCAUAGUGCAUGAACCAUGGGACCACCAUAGUACUUUAAAGUGCUUCCAUAUGCACCAGAUAUCAUGAAACAUUAUCUGCAUUGGCUCAUGAAAGGUAAUUCUUUUAACUAAACCAACACAGGGUCUGUUUCCCACCCCAUGUAACUCCCAACUCAGGUUAAGAAUCCAAAGUCAUGUGCCAUUCCAAAGAUAAUUGAUACUUAUCCCACUAACAAUGCCUGCAAAGCUGUGCUGUCUGUCUGUGUCCUUCAGUAGUAUGGCUUUAUAUUGUACUGUAUUUUAAAUAAUUACCAUUAUUGAUAAUGAUGAUGUCGUUAUCAUUAUAAUUAUUACUAUUGUUAUUGUUCUCCAUGUCAAGAAUGUGUUUUUUUGAUUUUAACAAUUGUCAUUAAAAAUGUCCUGCUGGACAGGCAAUAAUGUAUGUCUUAUGAAGUGGCCUUAAUUUGGGGGAAAAGUGAAUGGGUGGGUUUGUAUUUUUUGAAAUGAAAUAAAUUUUAAAAUAUGAAAAUGA